GCUCAGGAGACACACUCACUAUGCUGGAGAGUGUUUGAAGCCGCGAUGGGAGUUAACACAUCCAAGUUUGUAGAGGUCCUGUCACCAGCGUCGUUGCACUAAACAAAGACUUUGGGUUUCUGUUUUUGUUUCUCUCUCUCUGAAAGGGGCUUGUCUGCAUUUUUGUCCGAGGCGUUUUUUUCUCUCUCACACAGGAUGUUGAUGAUAUUGGAAAGCCGGGUAAGAUCAUAAAGUCAGUUCUCUCUGAUGAGAACGACCUCCUCCUCCACCUCAACGCCACCACACAAAGGGAACCACGGAACAAGUUGGGUUUUUUUCUCACGCCAUCAUUUUUCAUUUUUUGAAUGUCACUAAGAAGCAGAGGGGGCUGUUUCAAAGACAAAAUGGAUCACUUUGCAGCAGAGUGCCUUGUUUCAAUGUCCAGUCGUGCAAUUGUUCACGCACCUAAAGGGAAUAGGGAGAUUAAACCAGAAAUCCCGUCCUCCUCCAAGAACGGAGAGGAAAUUAAAGAGCCUUUGGUGAAAGACAACUCCUCUCUUUUUGUGGUGGCGCGGAUCCUGGCGGAUUUUAACCAGCAGACUCCCAACAAUGUUGCCGAGCAGGCAAAAAUAAAGGAUGAGAGCAUGCCGAACCUCAUAGAUGAUGGAAACUCUGCCACACCUACCACCAUCUCCGAUCCUUCGCUCAAACAAAGAGGCAAAAGAUCGCGAGGUCGAACUGAGCAAGAAUCACCUCAGAAAAAGCACAAAUGCCACUAUUCAGGUUGUGAAAAAGUUUAUGGCAAAUCAUCCCACCUCAAAGCUCAUCUAAGGACACACACAGGAGAACGGCCUUUCCCAUGUACCUGGCCCGACUGCAGUAAGAAGUUCGCCCGCUCCGACGAGCUGGCCCGCCACUAUCGCACCCACACGGGGGAGAAGAAGUUCGGGUGCCCGCUUUGCGACAAGCGUUUCAUGCGCAGCGACCACCUCAUGAAGCACGCCCGGCGCCACUCAGAUUUCCAGCCCGGCAUGCUGAAGAGGCCCCACGGCGGCAGCGGCGGCAGCACCACACGUCCCAGCUCCCUCAGCGACUACAGCCGCUCGGAUGCCUCCAGCCCCACCCUCAGCCCCGCCCUCAGCCCAGCCAACUCGCCUUAAACUGAAACCCAGUCGCACUUUCUGCCUCUGACCUGCGAGGCCUAUGUUUUUGUCAUUACACUUGUGUUGCACAGUUGUCAGCAACCCCCCCUCCUUUGCUAUUGCUGCGCUUGCUGUGGUGUACCAUACUGUACAUAACUGCUUAUUGUAGUGCAAUUACUUGUGUGAUCCUAAAAGAAGGUAAUGCCUUUCCCAGAUGGCAAUAUUUACAUUCUGUACCAUAUGUCUGUAUUUUUUUAGCUUCUGAUCAUGGCUAGUUGUCCAAUGUACGUUUGCAGUCAGCUAAACAAGGUUUAGAAGAAAAAAAACAGACACCCUGACAAGUCUUAUCAAAAAUGGGUUUUUUCGUUGUUGUUUUUUGAACAGGUGAGGAGAAGGGGUACACACACACACACACACACCUCAGGAUUGAAGACAGUUGCUAUUUCUGUAAUACCACAGUACUUCACAGUACUCUCAUUGACUGCACAAUAUACUCAUCACUUUACUCUGAAAUUCAACAGGGGUUGAAUUUUACGCCCUGCUCAGGGAUGGCCUUGUUAGCUUGAAAGAAUGAACAUGGUGAAGAGAAACAUACAGUACAUAUAUAGCAGCCUUACACUCAACACAAUUUGCACUCUUUGUUUUUUUGUUGGUUUUCAUGUUUUUUCGAGGAAACUAGCCCUACGGUCAACACGGUCAAACGUACGCAGAACUCAUGUGUUCUCGGGGGGUUCAUAUGUAAUGUAAUUGCUGUCUUUUAACAAUACAAUCCCCAAACCUCCACCUCAGUAAACAAAAUACACCUGCUCCUCCACCGCAGCGUUAAUAUUCGGUUGCCAAUACACUGGGUUAAAUGCGGCUUUCAUUAAACAGCGGUGUGCAGUGUAUACUUUGUAAAUCUGCAUUGCGGGAGGAUCAGGAUUAUAUUUGGGUUUUAUAAGUAUACUCUUUAAAUAGAGACAGUUUCAAAGCAGCUGUUCAUGCUUUUCUUUCUCAAAGCGCUGUAUCAUCAGCUAGUAUUUCACACAAAAUAGUCACAAAGGGACUUCAGUUGAAACAAUGUUUAUCCCUCUCUGAAGCACAUAGGAAAAAGUACCAAAGACAAGAGUGAAUGAAAGCUUUCUAUUCAGUCUUGUAAGCCGCCCUUCAUUGAGGCCUGGGGCUGGUGGUUGGCAGUAUCGCAGGUAGAACCAGACAGCCUGCUCACUUUCCUCCUCCUGGCUCUGCCUUUUGUGGCCUCUUUCGAGGAAACAGCUGCAUCCCACAAGAAGCUAUUCACAGCCCGCAGGAGGAGUGCUAACAUGCCAUUCCUGGGGAAUCCUCCCUCACCCAUCUGGCUCUACCUGUCCUGUCUCUCCGACUCUGCCGAAUUGCAUAAGGUGGCCUAACUCGGGGGAGGUCAAACGCAGGCCAGAGAGUUGGGCCGAGCCGGGCUGAGCUGUGACGUGGUGGAGCGCGGAGGGAACAAAGCGGCUAUCUGCUAUAGACAGGCAAGAGAGGGCAGGUCCUGAUAAAAGAGGAGAGGUUUAUCAUGAGCUGAGCAGCACAGAGGAGGAGACACCCAGUCGCAGACACCCCCCAUCUCCUCCUCUUUUCCCCAACUCCCUUCCUCCCUCCAACUGUAGAAACCGUGAGCGGAUAAAUGGCUGUAAUUAGCGGGUUGAUCCAACCUGUAGGAUAAGAGUAGAAAGAAGUGUAUGAACAACAGUACUACCUAGAUGACGCUAGCAGCGUGGGUGGGAUGUACCCAGCUCCAUCCUAAGCACAGGGAGAAAUCCUCUAUGACUGCUGGGGAGUCAGAUUUCACAAUGCCAAGGAAAACGUCGCUCCAAAUUCCCACUGAUAGAUCCAGAGCUCUCAAACAGCUGCUUUCAAACUUCUCUCUCUGGCAACAGGGGGCGGGGGGGCUUUUAAACUGUUGUAAAAACAUUUGAACCAAAACGAACAUAUCAGCAAAGUGCAGUGCUCACCAGCCUCACGUCGUCCUCCCUGUGAAGCUCAGAUGUCCCGUGAGAAAGCUGACUUGUGUUUCUAGACAGACAUGCCUCAAUAAGUCAGGCAAAAGGCACAGUAAACCUUCCAUGGAAGCGGGCACCACUAUCAAAACUGCUGCAGCCCCGCCAGUCUGUGUUAUGCCUACAUUUUCUUUUAAUGCUUCAGCACUAUACGGCCGGAAAUAGUCUCAUCCAUGUAUUUUGGUCCUGUCAGACCCCUCCAGACUGUUGUCAUCAUGAAUUGCAUGUGCUCGCUUCAUUCUACCGACCGCUCUCGCCCCUGCAGUCCCGUGCUUCACACUAUAUGCAUGUCAAUAACUGCGCCUUGGAAGCGCAGAGGGGUUUUUGAGGCGGUCUGGCAGGUGUAAGAUCAUGAAUGGCUGGCCUUGUCCCUCGUUCUGCACAGCAGCCAUCUCUCUUUAAAGUUGUGAAGAAUCAGCUCCGUCACAUCCUCCAGAAAGAAAACAUCCCUUAUUUAGAUCGAAUGCAGUAGUUUCCUCAAAACACCACAUGUUGAAGAAGAAAAAAAAACAACCCUCUGUAAGAUGUUAAAAUAGUUUCCAGGCUGCAAGAUGACACUUUGAAUGCCACUGAUCAGCAGCUCUUUGUGAAAGAAGCACUGAGAGGGUUUUACAUUUACCAUUUCUGGAAGGAAGAAAUUUCCACAAACAAACUCUUCAAAAAGCUGUUGAGCAGCUUUUUGCAGUGUCCAUCUAUCCAUUUUUUUUUUUUUUUUUUUUUUUUUUUGUUAUAGUCAGUUUUUGACUUUUUUGGUUUGUAGUGUAACGUUCUCUUGCAAAGAAACAUUUCUGAGAAGCUCACCCUCAAGCAGGUUUCACAAAUCACUUCUUAAUCCAUAAUCUGCACAUAUACCUCAGGGUCGACAUCCGCAAAGCAGAUACGGGACAGUUUGUGGAUUUUGUUGUAACAUCAGUUGCUGCACAGAAAUGUCUGCCAGCCUCCCCCCUACCCCCACAUCGGUGUUCCUGGGUGCUUUGUGCUCACUGCUGGUCAGUGUCCGACCACACUGGAAACACAGGAACGCCUCCGUACGGGGCCCCAGCUCCUGCCUAUAAUGUCUUCAUUACACCCUACAGUCCUGCUACGCGCCUUAGUAAGCACUGGGCACUCUGGAGCUCUUUUCAGUGAAACGCCCCUUUAAACACCUUUGACCCUUAGUGUCAGUGGACUUACAGUAGGCAACAGGAAGCUGAAAACAAAGCGACUGUGACAGUGUAAACAUCCCAGUCCAUCCAACCAGACUGCACCGCUGACAUAUAGGCCUCCACAGGCAUGAGUGUCUCAUAACUUUUACUCUCACUGUACCAAAUCUACUUGAAUAAUUCAACACAAAAGGCCAUUGAACACAGUUUUGUACAUGUCCAUUUUUACUGUACUUGCUUUUGUUGUCAAAUAAUUAUUAACCUCUCUGGAGAAAGGUGUAUAGUCUGUUUGAUUUAUGUUGUUUUUUUUUCUAGAUUUUCCAUUGUCUUCAGGUCAUUUCAGCAACUCUUUCGAAUUUAUCACAGCAUUAAGGUUGACUGUUUUUGUCGGGCUGUUUAAAGGCACCAUAUUUUGUUUAUAGAAUGAUGAUUUUUAUCCCUGUUAACAGGGCUCACCCCUUUAAUUAGACACAUCUACUACUCUGUUGAUGUCAGGAUGCAGGUUAUUCCAGUUAGCCUGUCAUCCAAAAAGAUUUUCUCCAAGUCAGAAAAAGGAUUGUUCGGGGUGACGAUAAGAAAAGGAAACCUCCUGACCUCUAUGUUUGACAAUUUCAGACGAAGUGGCUAAUUUUCUUUAUUAUUUAGAUUCUUUUGAACGUUUUCCAUAAGAAUAGAGACCAUGGCAUUGUGAGUUAGCAAUGUAGUCAUAAUUUUAUUAUUGCUUUUUUUUCUGUCUUAUAUAAAAUGCUUGUAUAUUUUUCAAAAAUCAUACCUCUGGAAAUAUUUUUGACUUUCUGUUGUACCUUCAUAUCUUUUCAAGACAUCCAUCAUGUAGCUUACGUUUGCUUGAUGAGUAGCACAAAUAAUCAGUGGUUUUAUUUGUUUCUACUUGAAUGAAGAAGGCAAGAAAGACUUUUUUCUCUGUAAAAACAAACAAACAAACAAAAAAAAAAACACUGGGCUACAUUUUUAUAUAAUCAUCCCAUGUCGUCAGGGUCCUGCACAUCCUUGUAGAUUCAAGAAGUAAUCUUUCCAGGAAAUAAUAAAACCUUUUUUUUUUUUUUAAUUAUUAUUAUUUUAUGUUACAAAAAAUAUUUAAAACACCCCUCCUCUACUGAGCUCCGUAUUUGUCUUAGUUCAACAUUUUCUAUGUGAGGGAUGAUGUCAGCUGUAAAUGACUAUGAAACUUCAGCAUUUUUUAAUCCAACUUUACUAUUGUAAUCCCGGUGAGAUUACAGCUUUCGACAUCUGUCGGAGAAAAAAAAAGGACUUUAAAUAAUGACAAAAUGGAAAAUACAAGGUUCUACGAGAUGCUAACAGUGUACCAGUUAAUAUUUUUUUCUUUCUAAUUGUAAAAAUAUAUUAAAGUGAAUUGGUUGCUGCCUAGUAUGUAAAGAACUAACAAUAAUCUUAUUUAAAAAAAAUUCAUAUUAAUGACAUGAAUAUAUCACUGAUCAGACCGUACAAGCAUGAUCGAUGCAAUUGUGUGCCAAAACUAUAAUGGUAACUUCAUAAAGAUACAAAAGUUGAGGGUGAAAAAAAAAAGCUACUAUCAGACAUUUAACAAACUUGUACAGUUUUAUAAAGUGUGAUAUGUUUUUAUGUAAUGUACAGGAUUUAAUGAAGCAACUCCGCAUAUUUGAUAUGCAAGUGCUCUAAAUUAAAUAUUUCUUUUCUUGCUUUAUGUAAACUUUUUUUUUUUUUUUGAUUGUGUAGCUUUUCAUUUGGUUCUUGUUAUUUAAUUUUUACUUCUUUUUUUUGCUGUACAAUACUCAAGCAAUGUAUAAUGGCUUAUUACAGGUAUUUUUUUGGACAUAAACAAUCUUAAUGAUGACAAACGCCCAACCAUUCCAAAGGAUUGAGAAUUGCAUUUGCUAUAAAUGUGCUGCUUACAUGGACCCGAUGCAUUUUUGUAGGUUAUGAAUAGAAGUCUGUCUUGACUGUGAGGUUUUACACGUUGUGAGUUGUGCACAAGGUACGUUUCUCAUUGUCAGCAUUUCCCAGGUUAAAUCUCUCCUUUCUCCCGCCGCAGGCUCCACGUGUAGGUUAAGCCAAUUCGAAUGAACAAUGUACAUGCAAUAUUUUUAAAGUAUUAUAUGAUAUUUAAAAGUUGAAAGCAUGUCUUCCCUCAUGACGAAGGCCUGAGGCUUGCGGGGAUAAUGUUUUUAGAGGCAGCCAUGACAGGAGAGAGUGGUUCUCGAGCAAUGAGAAGGAGCUCAUCAGAAGCUCCACAGUUACAAGUUGUUACCAAAGGCUUUGAAGGGAAAGAUGAAUGUUGCAGUAAUGUUGAACUCAACACAGUUUGGGUUCAACGUUACGUGCUGUAAGUGUUGAUCAAUGGAUGUUGUGCUUGCUAUGGACCUUUUUUCUACAUCUCGAAUAAGCAACUUUUUCUUAUUUUGAAAAUCACUUGAAUAAACAAAACCUGUUUAAUCAUACGAGCAAACUAAUUCUGGCCGGGUAAAAAGAAACAAAAGAGACGGAGUGAGCAGGAACAUGCAGCGUAGCGGACCACAUCUGUCUGUACCCUUCACUGACCAUGUGGUCUUGCUUGGCUGCCUGAGCUGACACUGUGCGGUAUUGGCUCUUGACUGUCGAAAUGCACGCUGACAAAAACUCUUUUGGAUGUUUUUGCCCUUAAAGGAUUAGCCUGCUCCAGGUUACGCAGCACACACUGCUGUGCUGCUCCCUUUAAUUACAAAGAGAGAGCCUCUCACCAGCCUUUUGGUUCUGUUCCCCGUACCUGUUUGUCCUCAGUGUACCUCCUCAGUGUAAUGUUGCUCUCUUGAUACCUCUGUGUGUUUCUCCUCUGCCCAUCACCAUCAGUUGCCUGUUGUAGUGACUCCAUGGUGCUGCUUCCCCUCUCAGCACCAGUAUAAUCUAAUCUGUAAAUAACUCUCGACUCAGCUAUGGCCAGUACAUUCUCUUAUGACCUCACUCUAACCCUCAGAUGUCGUUUUGUUUUUAUCUCUCAGCAAACCAAAAUCACUACAUUCAAGUAUUACAGUUGUACAGUUCCUCGGAUUCUACACACAUUCAAUGUGCUGGUCUUAGCUGCUCUGCUGUACCUUUUUAUGGCAUUAUUUUUUACAUGUUAGACAAUAUAUUGUGACCAUGUCCUAUGCAAAUAUGAAAAAUAACAGAUUGUUGAAUAAUGUAUGUUGUCAUAACUUGUAUGCAUGAAAUAGUGAAGUUUACAUUUGGAAAUAAAUUCAUAAAAUAAGCAGCUACAA